AUGCCGUUGGUCUUGGCCACGCAGUUGGUGCCAACAAUACGGGCUUCGAGCGCUCCUGCACAUGGGUUCCAGACAAGGAGCGCUGUUGGAUCAUGUCUGACCUGGAGCUGUGGAACAGUAUACUUGUCCCGGGACAACAUCGAACUCCUCGAGCACGUCUGGGGUGAGCUCAAGCUGCAGGGCUAUGAGGGCUCAGUGAACAGUUCGGAACAUCAGGACGUGCUUCGUGCCUCAUUCCUCAUUCACCUGCUACUGCGGCAACACAGGUGCGUAACUUACAUCAUUUUGGACAUGACUACAACCGUGCUCGAAACGAGCGUCCUCCUACACGGCAUAAGGACCGGCGCAGCAGGUGUCAAGUUACUCGAGAUCAAGAGCCCCUCGUUUGAUAAGUUGACUGCAGCGGAGAACACUUGGUCUCGGGCAGUAGCCAGUCUGAAGAACCUCGUCCAUCUGUGCAUCUGCAGCGCCUACUUUUCCGCGGAAAUCGCGCACACCCUCGGUGUCUACGUGGAGCAAGCCAACGUUCUCACUACUCUCCUUUUAGUCGAUAUCAAGGCACCUGGCAGUAGCGCUGCCACGUUUUUGCGCUUCGUUGCCCGAAACAGGAGCCUGAAGAACUUGUCCGUAGAAGGCACCUUCCUGACUGCGCAGCGGGGCCACGCUCUCGCAAACGUCGUUCGAAAGCACGUGACCCUUGAAAGGCUUCAACUCAACGGGUCCCUGGCCUAUUGUCCAUCGGUCCUACUGGAAUCUGUGGUCCAGAGCCGAACGCUGACGUCAUUAUCCGUGCACAAAUGCCUGAUACGCGCCAACGAUAUCUAUGAUAUGGCCGCUGCUCUGACGCCGUGUUCAGCGCCUCCCAUGCCUGACGCUGGGGACACGACAGGCAUGACACCUGGUCUGAACUCCCUCAAGAAACUCGAAUUUCGAGAAUGCACAGGCGAUGACCCGCAUCUGCAGACAGCUUACGCGGACCUCAUCAGAGGUGCUUUGGUUGACCUUACAGUGACCCAGUGCUUCCUCGGAGAGGAAUUUGCGACGGCUGCCGCGAGCAAACUGCUCGCUGGCUACCGGCUACGUAAGCUCAACAUCGAAGACAACCAUUUCCCCAUCGACGCACUGUACGACAUGGUAGAGGCCCUAAAGGUAAACAAGACGUUGGAGACACUAGCCUUUGAUAUGACUAGCACACCGUCCGAGGACGAGCUCUCCAACCUGUUCGCGCUGAUCCAGAGGAUCGGCGUCUUCUCUCGCCUGAGAUUCAACUGGAUCAAAUCCUCGCGGAUCGGACUUCGCUAA